AUCAGCGUAACCAUCACUUUCAUAUCGUUUAUCUGCUAUUCUACUAGCUAUUACUAGCUAAUCAACCUAACUUAUCAUCACCUUCCCCUCCAUAUAUCCAACUGAUACGUACAUUCUAAAUAGCAAUGCAUUUUGAUCCCAUAUAUAAGGUUAUACAUUUCCUAGCGUUGCUUCUGUUUUUUAGCCCCUUAGUUUUAGCUAAACGGUCGCUUUCAGCCACAUCGUUGGUGGAGUGUCUGGAUAACUCGGAGAUAUCACCCUCAUACUUUAACGUUACUUUUAACCCGGAUGACAGGUCCUUACGUUACUCCCUUGAUUUAUCGUCGGACAUUAGUUCCUACGUCACUGCCCAUCUUCAGGUUUAUGCAUAUGGGUUUCUAAUUAUAGAAAAGGACAUCGAUAUGUGUACUCUUGGUUGGAAACAGUUUUGUCCAGUUUACCCUGGUCCUUUGCAAGUGGAGUCUAUUGAAUAUAUAAGUGAAGACUAUGCCAAUCAAAUCCCCGGGAUUGCUUACCAAGUUCCUGACAUAGAUGCUGUCGUCAAGGUUUUGGUCAAGGACCGUGACACCCAAGAAACUUUAGCUUGUAUCCAAUCUUCCUUUUCCAAUGGUAAGACCAUUAGUCAAACCGGUGUCAAGUGGGCCACUGCUGUUGUCGCCGGGCUUGGAUUAUUGCUUGCUGCUUUAUUGUCGACUUUUGGUAAUUCCAAUGCAGCAUCUCACAUCUCUGCAAACUCUGUUUCGUUGUUUCUUUAUUUCCAAAGUGUCGUUGUGGUUUCUAUGCAAAGUGUUGAACGUGUUCCUCCAAUUGCCAGUGCUUGGUCGGAAAAUUUAGCCUGGUCCAUGGGAUUAAUUAGAGUUCAAUUUAUGCAAGAUAUCUUUAGAUGGUAUGUUCAAGCCACUGGUGGUACCCCAACCACUUAUUUCAAAGGUAUUAUCCAACAAAUUUUGGUGCAAAAGAGAAAUUUACAAGCUAUGGUUAUGGACGUCAUGACUAGAUCCAACCUUACUAAAAGAACCUUGGAUUUUGCCCUUAAAUCAAACAAGAACCUUAUUGUUCUUCGAGGAAUUAAGCGAAUUGGUUAUAACUCUGGUAUCGAACCAACCUCUAUUGUUGUCACUGGGUUUACCUUUUUCGUGCUUAUUGGAUACUUACUUGUGGUUGUGCUCGUUUUAGCCAAAUCAGUUAUUGUUUUACUUGGAAGAUUCAACAAGAUCAAUCCAAAAUCAUUUAGUAUGUUCAGAACUAAUUUCAACAACAUGAUUAAAGGUACUGUAUUGCGUUAUAUUGCCAUUGGAUUCACUCAAUUGACAUUGUUUGCCCUUUGGGAAUUUGUCCAACGAGACUCCCCAGCGGUGAUUGUUAUUGCUGUGUUAUUUAUUAUCUUAUUGGCUGCGGUAUUAUCUUGGUCAUACUAUAAUGUGAUUAGAUUAGGAAGAGAAUCACAACAAUUGUAUCAAAAUCCAGCCGCCUUGCUUUACGGGGACACCCAUAUUCUUCAAAAGUAUGGUUUCAGUUACACCAUGUUCACUGCCAAGAAGUAUUACUUUGGCGUUGUUCUUGCUGGCUACACCUUACUCAAGUCAAUUUUCAUUGCCUUCACCCAAUCCCUGGGUCGUGUUUCUGUGCUUCCAAUCUUUAUUUUCGAUCUUGCCUACACUAUUUACUUGAUUUACUCCGCACCAUACUUGAAUAAGCCAACCAACAUUGUCAACUAUAUGAUUUCCAUCGUGGUCACCAUAAAUUCAUUCUUGUUUUUAUUCUUUUCUGAUUUGUUUGGAUUGCAAGCCCUGGUUGCCUCAAUUAUGGGUUGGAUUUUCUUUAUUUUGAAUGCAGCAUUCAGUUUGAUUUUAUUGGUGUUGAUUGUGGUUUUCAUUGUCUUCUGUUUAGUGUCCAAGAACCCUGAUGCCAGAUUUGCUCCAGUUAAAGAUGACAGAUUCUCCUUCCAAAGAAAGCCUUCUAUGCACCGUACUGUCAGAUCGCCAAUCAUGACGGAAAAGAAUAACGUUGAAGGUGAAUUGGCUGCCUUGGGUGCAAUUGCCCAAGAUCACUCUGUUGAUUGGGAACUGGAAAUGUAUAAACUUAACAAUGUGGCUAAUGAUUCUGUCGAUGAGGAUAUUCUUACCGGUAGUUCUCAACCUGACUUGGAAGAAAAGGAGCGUGCACCACCAUCCAGAUUUGGAUCUCUUAAACAAAAAUUCAUGAACCGUGUCGGUAUGAAUAAAGAAGAAAUCAAACCUACAGAUGAAUCCAGUCCAAUUAGGGAAGAUGUUGAUUCUGAUAUUUUAAGCGCAUUACAAGGUCAUAAAAAGACCAUUUCUCAAGCAUCAUCUGACUAUUCCGAUCCUACCGAUGCAAAGAGAGUUGUGUGAUUUUUCGAUUGGGGUUUUCUUAUAUUAUUUUCGUUUUGUAUUAUUAGAUUGUUUAAGUUACGUUAUGACUUAUUUCUCGUUUAUAGAUGAAUUAAACGUUUGGUUUUUGAA